UGAGACGGUCGCGUUCCUGACUGUUCAAUAAACCUCAUCACAUAUUUGGUGGAACUGUGCUGGGUACUACUUCCCCAACCACCCUUCAACUACGUAAUCGGACACUGCCAGCCAUCAUGCCUGACGAAGCCAGCCAAACACCUCCGGCAUCGCCAACACUGAUUUGUCCUGGCUCAGUGUCUCAACGCGAUCCUCCGAUCUUCAGCGGCUCCGACGAAUACGAUGUAGAAGAUUGGCUCUCGACAUAUGAGCGGGUGAGUGCGCACAAUAAAUGGGACGAUGCUGCGAAGCUCAGUUGCAGGAACUUCUACCUCACGGGUGUCGCUAGCGUGUGGUACCACAACCACGAAUCCGACCUCAGCACCUGGCCAGAUUUCAAGGCGCGCAUUACGCAAGUCUUCGGUCGCCCUGAGGUGCGGAAGCUCCGUGCCGAAGAGCGCUUGCGCAGCCGUUCCCAGCAACCCGGUGAAAAUUUCACUAAGUACAUAGAAGACGUUGUGGACCUUUGCAUGCGCGUCGAUCCAUCGAUGACUGAAUCUGAUAAGAUACGUCACGUAAUGAAGGGCAUCGAAGAUGACGCAUUCCAAAUGCUCCUCUCGAAAAGCCCGCGGACCGUGGUCGAAGUCGCUGAACUUGUCAAAGCUACGACGAACUCAGGAGGCAACAUCUACUCACUCGACGUUCUUCGGUCCCCGAUACUUCUCUUGCAAGUUUAGCCGCUGUAACUAACAACGACCAUCUGUUCGGCGAAAUCAAGGAAUUUAUACGCUCUGAAGUUGCCCACCAGCUAUCCCUACUCACCGCCGUCCCAGGGCCUACGCCGUCCUUGGCUUCCAUGUUGCGUCAGAUGCUCCAGGAACAAGUGUCCGAAGCUAUUCAGCCCCCUCGUGCAGCGCCACCAUUGCGUGUACCUCUAAGCUACGCCGAGGUUGCAGCACGACCACCUCCAUCGACUUUUUCAGCGCCACUGUUUGCUACACCGCCACGUCCAAUCCCUCCAGUGUACACCACCAGAUCACCGGCUAGCGCGGGACUCUGGUGUACACCCGACAAUCGCCCCGUGUGCUUCUUCUGUGGAAUCCCUGGUCACGUGGCACGGCACUGUCGCCGUCGCUUAUGGCUUCAAGGUAAUGACCAACCUGUCCGCUCCUACGCUUCGCCAUCUUCGUUCUCGCCACCAAGUGACUCGCACUUGCCGUCUACCACCAACGUCAUCCCUUCUGCCCGUGAUCGUCGCUCGCCAUCCCCUCGUCGCCGCUCACUUUCCCCAUGCGGCGGCGUCUGGUCCCAUCGGAGCAGGAAAACUAGCUACCGCAGUUCAAGAGAGUUCAAGAGGCGAGAACUGCGUUCCAGUCGAACCACACAAAGCCUCGCUCUCUUCCGACGAAUGUAAUCGAAGUAUCUCUAGAAGGAGUCGUCACACUGGGAUUAGUCAACACAGGCGCCGCCGUUUCAGUAGUUACGGAACUUUGCCGCAAGCUUCGAAAAGUAAUGACGCCCUUAUCUGCGCUGUCACUCCGGACAGCAAGUUCCCAGUGCAUUACCCCUGUUGCCGCAUGUACCGCCCGUAUCGUCAUUCAAGGAUACACAUACACAGUCGAGUUCGUCGUCCUCUCAUCCUGUUCAUACGACGUCAUCUUGGAGUGCGACUUCCUUUCCGAUCAUCAGGCCAUCAUUGAUUCUUCUCGCGCCGAAGUUGAAUUUUCUCCGCUUCCCGAUACCCGUUUACAUGACUUUGACGAUUUUGGUGACAAACUGGCUGUUACAGAAGACACCACGAUCCCUCCGCACUCUUCUGUGAUUGCGAAUGCCUGCUCUUCUUUCGCCACUGACACCACUGCCCUGUUUGUCCCAUCCGACAUUUUUGUUCGCCGACGGUGUUCCCUUCCCUUCGCUGUCCUAACUGUCAGCGGUGGCUGCACGCGAUUGCUCGUUUCCAACACUAAGGCCACGCCCCUCGUCUUACGUCGUGGCGAGUGCCUUGGACGUCUUCAGCCUACCGACUCAGUGACCAUCUUUGACGCACCUCUUGACAACACCUGUUCAUGCGUGAACUCGUUGACUUAUAGCUUGCCUUGUCCCCAGCCUACGCAAGACUUCUUCCACAGUUCAGUAGAUGCCCCCCUGAGCCCUACGCAGCGUUCGCAGCUACUCAGCCUUCUGCGGAAAUACCAAUCUACGUUCGACUGUCAACAAGCCCCACUAGGCCGCACAACGUCACGAGAUCGACACCGGCACCCACGCACCACUGCGCCAGAGGCCUUAUCGUGUAUCACCCGCGGAGCGCCGUGUUAUCGAAAAUCAAGUAAGCGAAAUGCUUGAGCGAGGAGUGGUUCAACCCUCUAAUAGUCCCUGGGCGUCACCUGUAGUCCUGGUUAAGAAAAAAGGUUGCUCAAUUAGAUUUUGCGUCGACUAACGCCGUCUUAAUAACAUAACUCCCAGAGACGUCUACCCUCUAACGCGCAUGGACGAUGCUCUGGAUUGUUUGCAAAGCGCACGGUAUUUUUCUUCACUCGAUUUACGCUCAGCCUAUUGGCCAGUGCCUAUGAAUCCUGCUGAUCGCCCGAAGACAGCUUUCGUGACCCCAGACGGCCUAUAUGAAUUCAACGUUAGGCCGUUUGGGCUUUGCAACGCCCCUGCUACAUUCGAACGAAUGAUGGACAAUAUCCUUCGUGGGCUAAAGCGGAAGAAAUGCCUAUGUUACCUUGAUGAUGUCGUCAUCCUUUCUCCGGAUUUUCCCACACAUCUGUACCGUCUCGAACAAGUCCUGCUGUGCAUCACCGAGGCAGGCCUCCAGCUCAACUUGAAGAAAUGUCGCUUUGGAGCCAAGCAGCUUGCAAUACUUGGACACGUCGUAUCGAAAGAUGGCAUACUACCUCAUCCUUCCAAACUUCGAGCCUUUGCCGAAUUCCCGAAACCCACGUCCUGAAAGAACUUCGGAGCUUUAUUGGGCUCUGCUCCUGCUUUCGUCGUUUUAUCCGGAAUUUCGUUUCUAUCAUUGCUCCCUUGACUCAGCUGCUUCGCGGCGACACACGACUUUCUACUUGGGCCGCAGCUUGGGACGAUGCUUUUGAAACAAUGCGGCGUUUGCUCACUUUGCCUCCCGUACUGCGCCAUUUCGACCCCACGGCCCCCACGGAAGUCCACACCGACGCCAGCGGCGUAGGACUUGGUGCCGUGCUUGCACAGCGAAAAGGUGGGCAUGAUGAAUACGUAGUAGCCUACGCAAGCCGAACACUAACGAAAGAGGAAUCCAACUACUCCGUCACUGAAAAGGAGUGCCUGGCUAUAAUCUGGGCCCUUGGAAAAUUCCGACCCUACCUGUACGGCCGCCCCUUCGACGUCGUUACUAAUCACCAUGCUCUAUGUUGGUUAUCGACUUUAAAAGAUCUGUCUGGCCACCUUGCGCGAUGGGCUCUAUGGUUACAAGACUUCGACAUACGCGUCAUUUACCGGUCUGGCCGUAAACACACCGACGCGUAUGCCCUCUCUCGGUCGCCCACACCAAGUGACAUUACUUGCAUUUCAGUCAUCGAAUCGGCGUUUUCGUCGCCUGUGCACGUCAACAUGGCUGUGGAGCAACGCAAAGAUCCCUGGAUUGCGGCACUUAUGUAUUGCGUUUCUGGCACUUCAACAACACGCCCUUCACGCGCUAUCCGCCGCCAAGCUUCUCAUUUUGAGUUACGAGAUGGUGUUCUCUAUCGUCGAAAUUACGCUUUCGAUGGCAAGUGGUUAUUAGUCGUCCCCCACCAUAUGCGCACAGAUGUAUGCUCCGCUCUCCAUUCAGACCCGCAAUGCGCUCAUGCCGGCCUCUUCAAGACUUACGCCAGGCUUCGUUCCCGUUUUUAUUGGCGUGGCAUGUAUAAUUUUGUGCGAAAGUACAUUCGCGCGUGCACAGCGCGCCAAUGACGCAAGCGUCCUGCCCUUCGUCCUUCUGGUCUUUUACAGCUCAUUCCUUGUCCGUCCCGACCAUUCGACCGCGUCGGCAUCGAUCUCUACGGUCCUCUUCCCUGCACAUCAGCUGGCAAUCGCUGGAUUAUUGUCGCUGUCGACCACCUCACCCGCUAUGGAGAAACUGCGGCAGUGCAAACAGCGACAGCGCGCGACAUUGCGUCCUUCCUCCUGCAUCACUUCAUACUGCGUCAUGGGGCACCACGGGAACUUCUGAGUGACAGAAGGCGUGCGUUUCUUUCCGAAGUUCUUAACGCCCUUCUGACCGCGUGCCAUACCGUCCAUCGCACCACUACAGCUUAUCAUGCGCAAACGAACGGCAUAACAGAACGGUUCAAUCGUACUUUGGGCGACAUGCCAUGGGCGACAUCGGAUCAUACCAACUGGGACCUUGUUUUGCCAUAUGUUACGCACGCCUAUAACACUGCUUCACAGGCCACAACGGGAUUUUCGCCAUUCUUCCUCGUCUAUGGCCGUGAACCUACCUGUACGCUCGACACCAUUCUCCCUUACCGGCCUGAACCAUAAGAGGGCACGCCGCUGUCUGAAGCCUCCAAGUAUGCCGAGGAAUGCCGUCAGCUGGCCCGUUCGUUCACGGCGGAAGACCAGAGUCUCCAAAAAUUUCGUCGCGAUGAUGAACGACCUCCCUACACCUACCAGCCGGACUCACUAGUCGGGCUUUGGAUACCUUCAAGCAUCCCUGGUCUAUCUUCUAAACUCCUCGCUCAAUACCACGGUCCCUACCGCGUCGUCUGUCAACAGACGACGCCAGUCAACUACGUCGUCGAGCCGCUAACGCCGUCUUCUGACUUGAGGCAUCGCGGAUGCGAGACAGUGCACGUCCAGAGGCUUAAACCUUAUUACGACCCCCUUGAAUCGCCAGGAUGGCUUCUUCUUCUCCAGGGGGAAGUUGUAGCGAAGAAGACUGGCGCGCCCUAUGGACGCACUAUCAUCAUCGGCCCGCUGACGAAGAGGGCUCGCGCUCUCGGUGUCUGACGCUCGACUGAGGCGGUCGCGUUCCUGACUGUUCAAUAAACCGCAUUGCAAUUUACAAUGUUCCAGACGGGGACGCAGCCUCGAACCGAACGCGCUGGGAGACUACGCUGGUCAGCUUUGCCCUCGAAGACCCACUCUGGGCCGUCUAGCGGGCCAAGGAAGCCGCCAGAGCUCUAGGAAUCAUGGCCAACGCCUAGGCCGGGACAUUCGCCCAAUCCCCGAAUAACUCGCCUGACCUUGCUUGCUUGCUUGCUCCUCACUUGUGGCGCUUACCCACUACGGGGGAUUGGCGAAGAAGCCGGCGGUUAAAGGUUAAAAGCGCACAUGGAGGCCAGCUGCUUACGUCAAUGGUCGCGGCACUAGCCUACCCUUGAGCUCGCCGGGGCGGCGAAUGGAGCGGCCAGGAUGGAUGCCGCUGGAGAACGGGUCGCCAAGGUUCCGCGGAUCCGUAAAAUCAACAGCACACAUUCACGCUUCCUCGCCGAAGCUGCCCAGCGUAAGGCGCUCAUGGUCACCUUCUUCGCCAACGGGGAUCCCUUUUCUUCGGGCGUCAGGGUGUCCAUCAAUCCCGGCCGAGACUUCAAGACGAUGGAGUCCCUGUACGACUACAUUUCGCAGCGGCUCGACGUCAGCAACGGUGUGCGCGUCAUCUUCACCCUCGACGGCAAGAAGGUCCCUUCGCUGGACGAUCUCGAAGACGGUGCCUCGUACGUGGCCUCGGGAACGCGAGCGUUCGCCCCACUCGCCUACGGCCAGGCGCGCAGCCGCAUCCUACAGCGCUCGGACGAGGAUCCGAGCCGGCUGAUACACCCGGUGGGCCACAAGAAGCCCACCGCGAAGGGUGGCUCCGUCAGCCUGCCUGGCUCAGGUGGCAGGGACGAUGGCCGCGUCAUCGACGUUGUCAGCAGCCUAGACCCAAAGCACAGGAGUCGAGUCCUGCUGAACCUCAAGACUACGCAGACUUUCGAGGAGGUCCUCAGGGAUCUAGGAGGUGCACUGAACAUGAAUGGCGUCAAGAAAAUGACUACAAAGAAAGGGGAGGUGGUGCGCAGUUUCUCCCAGCUCAAGUACGACCUGCGGGACGUGAACACGUUCGUUCUGGAGCCGGACGACGACAACCCGUUGGUGAGGCGCAGGACGCGUUCCUUCGACGACGUGCAGAGCCUCGAGGAGCAGCAGCCCGGUGCGGAGGAGCCCGCCUCUGACGCCGCGCGCUCCGGUGCCAAAGUCCUGUCGCGCUCGGAGAGCGCUCCCAGCCCAGAAGGCAGUCUCGGUUCGGGAGAAGAGAACGAACAGAUAGAAGACGAAAGCAGCACGGAAGGCAAUUUGAAAUCGGAAGAUGCGGACGGUCAGGAAGAGGACGAAAGUAAAGAGAAAGACAAUGUUCCAUCCGAAUACACAGAAAGUGGCGGUAACAACGGUGACAUUUCGCUUCCGGACGGGGGAAAAGCCGUUCGGGACACGCCCUUUCCAGAGCUUGACGGACACGUCGAGCAAAGUGCCGGCGAAGAGGAAGUGAGCGGGGAGGAAUGGGAAAAAGCGGCGGCGGCCGAGGACUCGGCGAUGGUGGCUGACGACACUGCCACGGCGGUAAACGACACCGAGCGGGCCAUGGGUCCGCGAGCCGGCCACAGCCCCAACGGCCAGCAAGGCAGUCCCGUGCACAUGGAGCAGGCCGAGCUGGGCUCGCAAGCAGCCAGCGGCAGCACGGCCACUGCGUCGACCAACUGGUCCUCUCCCAUGUCCACCGAGACGUCGUCCACGUCCAGCCACAAGACGCCCACAAGAAGGUUGGAGAGGAGGCCCGAAAUAUGCUGGGCCCACGGCUACCAAGGUAACGGCCCAUUCAGCAACCUGCACGUGGUCCGAUCAGGCGAGAUCCUCUACAACGUGGCGGCGCUGGCUGUCCUCUUCAACCGGUCCAAGCACCAGCAGCGCUUCUACAUGGGACACUCGAUGGACAUCGACUGCAUUGCGUACAAUUACAACGAAGACGUCGCAGCCACGGGACAGAGCGCCGGUUUCAACCACGCACCUCCUGCACACAUCCGUGUCUGGAAGACCGACACUCUUGAGACGCUGGCGGUGCUUGGGGCGGGAAUCAUAAAUGCGGGGCUGUCCUGUCUUGGAUUUUCGUACCAGGGCGUGCUCUUAGUUGCUGUCGACUCCAGCCACGACCACGAGCUCUCAUUAUGGGACUGGCAGAAAAACGAGAUCCUUGGAAGAGCUGUUGCCAACCCGGCCCCCGUGCUUGGCUGUCACUUCCCGCCGUCCGAAAACGAGCUGCUCCUGACCUUCGGCGUGCAGCACCUGUGCUUCUGGAGGAAGGGAAAAGAGAACUAUCUCGAUAGGCUGGACGCCAUCACCGCCGAGCAUGCACCGAAGACAAUCACGGCCGUUGACUUCAUGGGCACCGCAGGCUUUGUGACGGGCGACGACGCGGGGUACAUCACCGUCUGGUCAGCUUCUAAGGAAGGGAGCUACUUCUUCAUCAGCAAGGAAUUCAGGGCGCAUGAGAACGACGUCAACGUCCUGCUGUUUCUGCCGCACAAUCUACUAAUAUCGGCGUCGGCUGUGGACAGAGAAGAUCAGAUCAAGGCGUGGGAUGCCGACAAGAAAUUCCAGAAACUUGGCGUCACAUCGCUGCCGAAGGGAACGGGCGGCGUGCACGCCAUGUGCCAACACUUGCCGAACGCUGCCGACGAGAACGUGUUUGUGGGCACAACGCACAACCUAAUAAUGGAGGGCUCCUUCAAGAGAAAGUUCCGGCCAGUCAUACAGAGCCACUGUCGUGAAACUGUGAGCGUUGUGGUAUCGCCGACUGAAAACAUCUUCUUUACCGUUGGCCGAGACAGGGCCGUCUGCCGUUGGAACGUCUCUAGUCUUGUCUGGAUGACACCGGUCGAGUCCGAGUGCCUGUCCGCCUCGAUGCACCCGCGGGGCUCUGCGCUAGCCGUGGGCUGCGCCAAUGGACGCGUGUCGGUGCUGGCCGCCGACACAGGGGCGGUGCUGGCGACCUUCAGCGUGGCCAACAGCGCGCUCAACGCUCUCGCCUACUCGCCCGAUGGCAUGUUGAUGGCAGUUGGAGCGAACGACGGCUUCAUUCACAUACUUUUGGUGCAAGACCAAGGGCAGACGAAUCAAAAAGGCGAAGUCAUCAGGGGCCGAGACUCAAUCGUGAACAUCGACUGGUCAGCGGACAGUCGCUUGCUACAAGUCAUCACGACUGACGGCCAGUAUCAAGAACUUCUUUGCUGGGAUGUAAAUAGCCUGAAGGCGAAAUCACCCACCGUUACAAAAGUCGACUGGUACCAACUCACCUGCACUCUAAACCCAGACAUUGUCGGAAUUUGGGACAACGAACACUUGACGGACGUCGUGAACCUGACGUGUCAUCGUUCCCACAACAAGGCCGUCGUUGCAGCUGGCGACCGCGCGGGCUUCCUGAGAGUAUUCAGGUUUCCGUGUACCGACACCAAGGCGGGCUUCACGGAGCAGAAGAUCAGCUCGUCCCCCGUGACGUGCGUUCGGUUCCUGCAGAGCGACAAGUACCUGGUCACCCUGCUGGCCCAGGCAGGCUACUUCGUGGUCUGGAAGAUGGUUUCCAACCAGCGUGUCCGCUCCGAGUCUGAUCGCGUCACGUGAACUGUUCGAGCCCCUGCAGGACACCUGUGCUUCGAUGACGUCAAGAUCUGGUCGAGUGCCAGUUGCAGAAAGGGGCGCGGGCAGCAGCGAGCCCUUCAUGAUAGGAAACUUUGUGUGCUGUGAGACUGAGCUCAAAACCUGUUCGCAAAUUCCCAGAGAAUGCCCGUUGCCGAGCAGAUUGGGUACCGGUGUCAUUUACAGCGAAAAUACCUUGAGUGCUACAUCAAGGAUAAACAGAAAUGAAGGAGUGGCACACGCCUUGCGAAUUCUGAGGCUUGUAGCGCUACGAAGUGUCAGCAAUUGCAGCCAUUUGUACUUCCUAAGGAACGGGGCGUAACGUACGAUUUUGGGUCCCAUUGGUGUACGUGCUACAGCAGUGAACGUCUUCAUUGUCACCAAUUAAUGAGUGCUUCCUGUGGCUGUACCGUGUGUAAAUUUCUUAAUAUUUUGAUGCGUAGCAGAAAGAAAAUCUGAGUAAUUCUUGUGCGUGCAAGGGCCGCAAUUUGCCCUAGUUUCAAUUAAACCAAGUAGUGCUUCCCAAAUAUCGUGGACAAAUUGGCGAAGUCUGUAGUAUGGACAUUUUUCGUAAAAUGAUUCUGAAAUCGCAAUAAAACGAGUGCACUUACAUACAUUUAGCGGAUUUAGUAAA